CGGGGCGGGGAGAGGGGGGCGGCGCGAGGCUACUCCUGCCUGUGGAGGAACGUCCUGCCGGCUUGGGCUUUCCCGCCCCCCCCCGUCCCUCGCUGUGGAACGGGCCGAACCCGGAACUCCGCGCUGCCGCCGGCCGCUGGGGAAGAUGGAGCCGGCGCUGGGCCGGGGGGGGAGCAGCGCCGACAGCCUGGCCGAGGAGGAGGAGGAGGAGGAGGACGACGACGAGGAAGAAGAGGAUGAGGAGGGUCCUGGCGGCCGCCGCCGGUCUAGCCGCACCUCGUCGCUGGUGAGCGGGCUGCUCACUGAGCUGUACCGCGCCGAUGGCGCCGCCGCCACCGCUGAGGCGGCCGCCCCGUCGGGCAGCGCCCGCUCCCGCGUCCUCCGGGAGCUGCAGCAGCGGCCGAGCCACAUCAAGUACCUGCGGCUGAAAGAUGUCAAUGAACUGAAAACUAUAAAACAAGAACUGAAUUGCAGAAUUUCUGUUCAGUCAGCAAAGUUGCUUCGUCUUCUGAAGCAGAAAGACAGACUCGUACAUAAAGUCCAGAAGAACUGUGAUAUUGUCACAGCUUGUUUACAGGCGGUUUCCCAGAAACGACGGGUUGAUACAAAAUUGAAAUUCACUCUUGAACCAUCUUUAGGUCAAAAUGGUUUUCAGCAGUGGCAUGAUGCACUCAAAGCAGUGGCCAGACUGCCAACAGGCAUACCAAAAGAAUGGCGGAGAAGGGUUUGGCUGACCCUAGCUGAUCAAUACUUGCACAGUAUAGCCAUUGACUGGGACAAAACAAUGCGUUUCGCAUUUAAUGAAAGAAGUAAUCCUGAUGAUGACUCCAUGGGCAUCCAGAUAGUAAAGGACCUUCACCGAACUGGUUGCAGUUCUUACUGUGGCCAGGAGGCAGAGCAAGAUCGAGUGGUACUGAAACGAGUUUUGCUGGCUUAUGCCAGAUGGAAUAAAUCUGUUGGCUAUUGUCAAGGUUUUAACAUACUAGCUGCACUCAUUCUGGAAGUAAUGGAGAGCAAUGAAGGGGACGCCCUGAAAAUCAUGAUAUACCUAAUUGAUAAAGUACUUCCUGAUAGCUAUUUUGUCAAUAAUCUCCGGGCUCUGUCUGUGGAUAUGGCUGUUUUCCGAGAUCUUUUAAGAAUGAAACUUCCUGAACUGUCCCAGCACUUAGAUACUCUGCAAAGAGCUGCUAACAGAGAAAGUGGAGGAGGCUAUGAACCCCCACUUACCAACGUCUUCACAAUGCAAUGGUUUCUGACCCUCUUUGCCACUUGCCUGCCUAACCAUACAGUUCUGAAGAUCUGGGAUUCAGUGUUCUUUGAAGGCUCUGAAAUUAUACUGAGAGUAGCCCUGGCUAUCUGGGCAAAGUUGGGAGAGCAAAUAGAGUGUUGUGAAACUGCAGACGAGUUUUACAGUACCAUGGGCAAGCUGACGCAGGAGAUGCUGGAAGACAGUCUGAUUGACAGCAAUGAACUCAUGCAGACUGUUUAUGCCAUGGCUCAGUUUCCCUUUCCACAGCUGGCAGAAUUACGGGAGAAAUACACAUACAACAUUACUCCUUUCCCUGCUGCAGUAAAAUCAACUUCACUUUCAGGGAGGCUUGGCAGAACCAGAGACAGCGAUGAGGAGAAUGACCCAGAUGAUGAAGACUCUAUGGCCAAUGCAAUUGGCUGUCUUGGACCAUUAAGUGGGUUUUUGGUACCAGAGCUCCAGAAGUACCAAAAACAGAUCAAAGAUCAGAAUGAAGAACAAAGUCUGGGCUCCAGCAACAUUGCAGAACUAAGUCCAGGAGCAAUAGACUCUUGCCGAAGCGAGUAUCAUGCUGCUUUUAACAGCAUGAUGAUGGAGCGUAUGACCACUGAUAUUAAUGCACUGAAAAAGCAAUAUUCCAGGAUAAAGAAGAAGCAGCAACAGCAGGUUCACCAUGUGUAUAUCAGAGCAGGAUCUGAAGAUGACGACCCUGGGAUCUUUUUGGGUCCCAGGGACCAGCUGAACAAUGACAAAGGGCCAGUUACCAGCCUUCUCCCUUCUCAGGUAAACUAUUCCCCGGUGAUAAACCACCUUCUUUUAGGAAAGAAGAUGAAGUCGAAUAAUAGGUCUCUCAAGAAUGCUGUCAUUCACAUCCCAAGUCAUGCUACAGGGAAAAUGUCUCCCAUUCCCCAAGAAGAUCUUAAAACAAAACUGAACUCUCCGUGGCGCACUCACAUACGAGUUCAUCGAAAGAAUAUUGCUAGGGCCAAAGGCCAGCUGGGCUAUGGGGAUACCAUUGGACUAAUAGAUGAGCAGAGUGAGACCUGUAAAACAAAUAGUCUUGGUGCAAAGGAGGAGACUUCUGCACAUUCUGAUGUUGGAGAAAGAGAAGGUGGUGGUUUGGAUGACAGGACUCCCCGAAAGGCUGACAGACAGUCUGCUGAGCCAGUCUCUAGGGACACCAGCACCAACAUGUCAGUGGUUCAGCUGAAACUGGAAGCACUGGAACUCACCUCAGAUAGCAAAGCUGAUGCUGAGUCAACAUCCAGUCAGUCCUGCCAGACACAUUUAUCUGAGUCCUCUGGUUCAUCCAGUGACAGUGGAAACCUGGGUAAAUCUCCCCAGCCCAGUAACCCAAAGUCGCAAGUCUUCAACCCUUUUCCCAGUGUCAAGCCUCUUCGAAAGUCAGCCACAGCCAGGAAUUUAGGGCUGUAUGGCCCCACUGAAAGAACGCCAACUGUACACUUUCCGCAAAUGAGUAAAAGUUUCAGUAAGUCUGUCAGUGGCAACAGUGGGACCAAGAAACGGUGACAUACCCCCUGGCACUUCCUAUUUCUGACAGCAACAAAAAAAAUUGUAUUUUUUUUCAUGUGUGCGCGUGUAUGUGUGUCCCAAAGAGUUUCUAAACUUUAAUUAAAGUAAUAGGGACAAAAGUGGUUACCAGAUGUAUAAAUACAUGUCUUUGAAAGUUGUGCUCUUGUGUGGUAUGGGAUAGAUUAGAGAAGAUGCACUCCGGCACCCUAUUGUAGAUUCUGAUGGUUCUGUGGUAAAAUAAACAUCGAUUUACAGUGUGAAGCAUACUGUUUCUUUAAAUCUAAUCCAGACAUAAAAUUUCCAGCUGCCUUUAACCCUUCAGCCCCCCCAUGGUUGCCUCCUGUCUCUGUCAAAGCUCUAAGGACAAAUUGCCCAUCUGUUGCAGCAAAACCUAUCCAUAAAGCACUUUUUAUGGCUGUUUUGCAGCUUCUCUCUUAGACAUCAUCAUGCUCUGUGAGUAGCUGGAGAAGCCACAACUAAUGGAAGCACAAGCAGCCCUAGCAAUCGAAAAUAUCACUUUCAGUGUCGAAUAUUUGCACUCACCUACUGGGCCAUCUGGCUUUGGACAUUCUUGAACAGCAUUUCAUGCUUUUCUUCCCAUGGCAGUCCGCUUCUGAUACUGUAGUUUAUAAUAUAACUAGUCAGCAAGCAUGAAAAUAACAGACAAGUCUGUCCACAACACUGGCUUGCUAUUUUUCUAUUACAUAUAACUGCUGGAGAGUUUCAGCACUGCUAAAUUAGAUAUGUAUGUGUAGUCGUUUGAACGUUAUGACACAUCCUGGUUACAGUGGACUUAAAAGCUAGUAUCUACGUUACAGCCAUUUUUAAAAUUAAUUCAUAUUUGCCUGCUUGGCAGUAUAUAAAAUAUAUGAAUGUUCCAAAGUAGUUUAGGAGUUUCAAUCCUAUAAAUAGAGUGAUGAGAUACUUAAGCUGCCACUUAUCAUUAAAAGCCAGCAUAUCAGCCACUGUAUAAGUGGACUGGAUCCACUGGACUGCCAUGGGAUCCAUCACUUGGUUCUGGUUUGUUGUGAAACAGCACUGGCUAAGCUAUAAGCUGAAUUUCUACUUCUCCGUCAAUCUCUUUUGUUAAUUUCUCCUAGCAUUUUCUCAGAAGCCUAUGUUUUUCUUGUUUCCCACUUAGAAGUCCUUCAAAGCUGGUGAAUAUCAUAAGACAAAUAAUGGAUGUUUUUCUAUAUAUAUUAAAACAGACAGGCAGAGGCACUAAAUGUGAAUAAUUCAACUUCAUGGUUGCAAGCUCAAGCACUCAAACUCCAAAAUUUCAGGUUGCUCCUAAAAUACUAUAGCUCUGCCAUAUUGCACGUACUGACUGUGAUUCAUUACCUUAUUACUUCCAAGUUUCCCAUGACGUAAGAUUGCCAUGACUCUAAUCUGGAGUAAAAGCAGUAAUGACGAAUCAGUCCCACUGUGUGUAAUAUCUUCCUCUUUUUAUUAUUCUUUUGUUAAAUUUGCAAAUUAAUAUAUCAUGGUCUAUUUAUUAAUUUAUGCCAUAAAAUCUAUAGGAUGUGAUACCAGUUUUAUUGUAUGCCAUAUAUUAUAAGCUGUACAAUAUACCCUGUUUAUUGUUGUAGGAUAAUUUUAUUACUGUGUUUUAUACAAGUGUAUGGAUAUAAAAUAAUAUACAAGUAUGAACAUUAUAAAUUUGAAACAUGCAUAGAUCAAAUCUUGCCCCUGCCUUAUUUUCAGAUCAAAGUAGUAUUGUCACUUAUGAUUAUUUGUAGCAAUGAGUAAAUUUAAAAUAAUGUAGAAUUUAGUCACUGAUUAUGGACUGUAUGAGAGUUGUUUCCGCUUUGAUUUAAAGGAAAUGCACUUUUCAAAAUUUCAUUGUGAAUCAAUCUCCCUGUUUUUACCUAGCAUGAGUGUACUGUGCAGCUGUAUACUGAAAUGGUGAAAAUAAAAGGACUGUCAUUCUGAAAAAA